UGAUUGCCUCUACCCUUUUAAUGCCCCGUUUUGACCGCUUGGAAAAGGGUGAAUGGCAUAGAAUAAAAGAGAGAGGGAGAGCGUGGAAGCGCAAAGAAGAAGGCGGAGACAGAGAGAGCAGAAGUGAAGUGAGAGAAAAGAGAAAGACACAAAGGAUAGUAAGAACUCGGGAGAGAGUUUCUCUGUGUUUUGAGUGGUGGAUUUAUGUCGGCUAGGUCUGAUUUGGCUGUGAUUGGGGCUCUGUCGAAGCUCUACCAUUUUUCUUCUGCACUCUCUGUUUGCUGCUUCAGCUUUGGUGCUCUCUGUUGUGGUGUUUUUUCCUAUUAUAUGCUUCUCUGCUGUUCUCAGCAGAGGUUGAAUCUGGGUUUCACAGCUGUUUCGAUGCGUUUGAGGCCAAAAAGGACUCGCUCUGGUGUCGAGUGUUUUGGGGGUUUUCACAUACAGAGAUUCUUCUAUACGUUUUUGUUAUUGAGAGGGGCUCUCACUUGAUACCACCUUGAUAAUCUGAGCCUUUUUUUUCAACUUCUUUCAUUUCCCUGAUAUUUUCUUUUUAUUUGUUAAAAAAAAUUUUGUGGGUGGUAUUGAAGGGUUUUUGAGAGUUUUUAAGUAAUCAUCUAGCUAUGCCAGAGCCUAGAAAGCGAACUUUGAACCAAACCAGAAAAGCCACAGAUGCCAAAUCAGUUUCCCCAGAGGAAUUAGAAAUGGAGCCCAAAAUGAGAAAAAUUCGUGUCAUUUGUCAUGAUCCAUACGCUACUGAUUCUGAUUCAAGUGAUGAUGAAUCAAACGGCAGAAAUGUAAGAUCAUUUAAAUCGAAACGGUUUGUUACAGAAAUCAAUCUUCCUUUUGUUGUAUUUCCUCAGUCAAAGGCCUCUCCCGAGCCUGAAAGUUCAUGUCAAGACAGUAACAACAGUGCCAAAACCCCCAGCAAGAAAAGAAGGGUGUUAUCCAAAACUCCAACUUCAACCACCACCCUAACUCCUGCAACUAAACCAACAGUGAAAAAACCUGUAGGUGUUAGGCAAAGAAAGUGGGGUAAAUGGGCAGCAGAAAUUAGAAAUCCUGUUACUAAAGUUAGGACUUGGUUGGGUACUUAUAAUACUCUUGAAGAGGCUGCACAGGCCUAUGAGGCCAAGAAGAAGGAAUAUGAUGCUAUGACUAUGACCACGGCUGCCUCUGAAAAAAGCCAAAAUGUUUCAUCUUCUAUGGCUGUUUGUCAAUCACAGAAUAUCAACAAGAAUAACAAAAACUCUCCUAGUCCUGUUUCUUCAGAUGAUACUGGAAGUAUAUUGUCGCAUACAUCUCCAUCCUCUGUUCUUGAAUUGGACGCUUCUGCUGUCUCUAAUGUUAAUGGGGAUUCUAGUGACUUGUUCAAAGAAGAAGGUUUUGAUACUGAUGCUGUUGCAGAUCUUGAGAUACCCGACUUGGGUUUUAUGAGCGAGCCAUUGGUUUCUUGUCCGAUUGAUCAAGAUCUUGACUUGGGGUUGGAGUUUGGUAACCUCAUUGAUGAUUUUGGGCAACUAUAUGAUGAUUAUUGUGGUAUUGAAGAUCUUGAUAUUUGUGGGUUGGAUAGCGAUGAACCAAGCGCGCUGCCUGAUUAUGACUUUGAUUUUGGUAAUGAGGAAUUUGCUUAUUUGGAUGACCAUCAUCAUCAACAGCAUCAACUGCCCCUCAAUAUUGCGUGCCCUUAAGUUUUGCAGCUAGGAAUUUUGUUCUAUGUUAUCAGUAGUUUAUAUUUUAAGUUAUAUUACAGCUAAGAGCAAGUCUCAAGGCCAGAACGAGGGUUCUUGGGAUUGGUUUUGUGAGUGAGUUUUAAUUAUAUUUGUUUGUUAAAGAGAACGGGAGAGCAGGGAUGAGCUCUGUUUUUUUUAGGGGAGAAGAGUCCUUUGGUUUUUCCUGUGCUAUCUGAGCCGUCCAAGGGAUUCUUGAGGGUGUUCAGCGUUGCUGAAUUUUGACAGUUUUGCACAUUCCCUCACCUCUCGUUUCUUAAUUUAAGAUUAUGAAAUGAGAUGAGACUCUUACAUGUGUUUUGCAGUAUAUUGAAUAUGUUUUUGGAUAUUUUAAUCAUCUCUUUAUGCU